GUGUGUGUAGGAAAAGAAAGAGAGCUGGUACAUGUGCUUGGGUGUGUAAAUGUAUUCUUCAGGUCAAGACAGUUUUUAUUUCUUUAUUUUAGUAGUCUGUACCUGGAGCGAUACAAUCGUAGACUUGUGCAAGCUAUAUUAUGUUUGUAUAGACACAAAACUAUAGGUGUUUAUAAUGUAUGUAUUUUUUGUUCUACAUCACUGUCUCUCUCAUUUACUCACUGUAUGCUCUUUGUGUGGGAUGGUGGGGGUCGUCGAUGUGUGUGUGUGGAGGGGGGUGAGUAACGCGCGGCCAUGUAAUAUUAAAUUUCAGUUUUAUAGCUCACUUCCCUACCCAUGAAAGCGGGCUCAAAUGAAAGAGAGAAUGAAUGAAAUAAUGAAUGUCAGACAGAAGAAGCUACUCAGUAGCGCAUCUGACACCCCUCCUCCCACCCACAUGCACGCUGCCUUGGUUCCCAUGCACGAACAGCGCAGAUCCCAUUGAAUACUAGCGGGACGGGCCGCUGAGGGGUUUUCCACCAGGUUCCUGGUUGGGUCGCGCGUUUAAAUUUAGCAGCCGGAUAGCUUCAGCGACUAUAUAAAGUCUUGGCGGUGACCACUCGGCACUGAAGACCCACAGCGGUUCAAUCAAGAAGUAGCUUGACGAGCACUCAGAUCAGAUUCACACGCUUAUAUCGCCCCAAAUCUUUGUGCUGCUACCGAAUAGUUCUACACAGUCUCUACACAGUCCUCACUCAUCGUGACAACGCUCCUGUCACCUUAUCCCGCCGCCGCCAGCAAGUAGGUCAGUCUCGUUCACCGCUCAGCUAACCGCAUCUACCGCAACUAUGCUCACCAAAGUCGUCGGCACCAACGUUUGUGUGCGCAGCGCCCUCCGCCUUGCAGUCGCUGUCGUCGCUGUGUGCUUGGCUUUGAUGCCGCUACCCAGCGCGUCCUUGCCUCUCAACGACAUCAUCGGAGAAGCAUCAGCCCAAGCCAGGCGAGAGCACCAGCUCGUCAAGCGCGCCGCCACCUUGUGCGAACGUCCAUCCAACCUGGAGCAGAUGUUCCAGGCCCUCAACUCCCAGAUAAACCUUACGCAGUUCCUUCGCCCUGCUGUCAACAACAUAGUCUUGACACAGCCCAACCUCAGUCCGAGCAGCAGCUACGAAAUGAUCUCCGAUCCCUCAGUGAGCAAGACCUGCCCCAGCUCCAUCGUAAAGGUGGCUUCUGCCCCGCUGUCGGACCGCUCCUCCUGUCCUUUUUACUUCGACAUUCUGCGUCUGCCUGAAGGCUUCUACCCUUCAACCCUCUACUUCGCCAAGUGCAAGUGCCAGGAGUGUGUGGGCACCCCCUCCAUGAGCUGUGAGCCUGUCAAAACCCGCAUCACUGUCCUCAGGCCCAGUGGCUGCAAAGAGGGGCUGCAACUGAUGCAGGAGGAUACCCUGGAGAUCCCCACCUCUUGCACCUGUGCCUAUAAAGGAGCUGUCGUAGGCACGACUGCUGCAAACAUUCCUCCGUCAGUGGAGUAAGGAUCCUCAGGGUCCUCCUACUUGGUGACGGGGACGUCAGGUCGUACCAAUUAUUGUCAAACUCUGCCGACUUCGGCACGAUUGUUUUUGCUCUCAAAAGAGUUCCAUUUGUGAAGUAGGUCAUAUUGACCCAAUACAAAUGCGUUUAGUUAUAACAUACACGUUCUUUCCUAGCUGAAGAUAUUUUAUUUGUUCAUUUUGUCAUAGUUUUCUUCGUUUUUUUUCUUCUUGUUCCCUAUCCUAUGCUUGUAUAAUUUGAUCUCAUAGCCAUAUUAAUUUGUGUUGAUGACUAUAAUUUUUGUUGUGAGCUCUAAUAGUUUAUUUUGAUAUCCCUAAUUUAUACAUUAUUGAUCAAUUUUAUCAUUUAUUAUUAUUAACGGUAAUAUUUCGUGAUAUCCUGUAGUUGUGCAGUCUUUUAAAUAAUGUGUUGAUAGUCUAUUUACGCGUGAAAACGUUCGCAUUUUAAAUGUAUGGGUACCCUGUAUAUCUAUCACAAGACUAUAUAUAUAUAUCCAAGUACAGCAGAAGUUUAAAUAUUCCCCUGUUCAAGAAUUAUGUAACUCCCAAAGAUUUACAUAUCCUCAGAUCUUCAUAUCAUUGAAAGUUUACUUAGCCUUAAAUAAUCGGAGAAAAGAAUUAUGUGUUAUUGGUACUGUUGUGCCUUUUUGCCCUGUGAUACUUUGUGAUAGAAAAUGCAACAGCUGGAGCUGUGAUAAGGUCUAGCAUCCGCACAGUAAUUGAUGUUAUCCUUGAAAUCAUUUCCGGAUAGUAUAUACUGUGUUAAACUUUAUUUUUGUACACAUGACACCCAUAGGAUGCACUCAUUCCGGAGUGUAUAUAUCACUAUCACUGGCGUCUCAAAUCGUCAUGGCGAACCUGUGGGGAACACACUUUCUCUCUCCAUUCACAGAAUGACCUGCCCUCCUCUGAUUAGUCAGGUCAUGCUGACAUUCUAGAGCUAUACUGCUCUUAUAAGCAUCAUCGAAACAUUGAAAUGCUCGUUUCUUACAUCAGUGACUUUUUUUCCUUUCGUGAUAAGAAACGCUGAUUUCAAUGUCUCUAUUGCACCCGCUAUUACCAAUCAGAUUCCCGUUUGGGGCAUUUUUAAAAGCUACUUUUAACAGGUGAAUUAUACAAAGACUGGCGUACAGCUAGUUUUUUCUGCAUUUUUAGAACAGAUAUUACCUCACCCACAUUUUCCUUCUCGAUAACUGAAUGUCCCUUUGUCUAGUUUACCUGUUACCUGUAAGUUGACUCUCAGCCACCGCGUGUUAAAAUGCUCAUCACAGUCCCACCGGCUGCUGCCCGCCGCGAGCUUCUUUCCCCAUUGUUUUUUCAAUGGUUGCUACUCGUUUUCUUCCUUUUUUUUAACACAGUUUGUAAGUGUAUUUUCUUAUAAGCCUUGAGAAAUCCAAAGCCUGUGAUUGAAACCUCAUAGUGACCAUGGUUUUUGUAGGAGGCGUUUGUGACUGAAAAUACUCUCUCAGAGAGACUGCAACGUGAAGUUGCUCAUUUCAAGCAUUCCAAAGUUUCUGUGAUUUUCAUUGUGAAACCAAAGAACUGUCUACUCCUUUUAUGAUGCUAUUUUUAUAUUUUUAUUUUUGUAUUAACCCUCAUAAAUAUAACUUAAUAAAUCUAUGUAAAUAAAUCAUCUUGUAAAGAAAUAGUUAAUAUAAUGACAGACAGAAAGAACAUAAUUCUAUUUUGCCAACAUAGUUUUAUUACAAGAUCUUGCAUUUAUACGUGUCACUGUGACAUUGCAUUUAUAUUUGUCUUUUUGGUAGAUUGACUUGUUUACUUCUUUGUAAUGAAAUGAAUGUGACUUUUUUUUUUCUCAACAUGCAUUGGAAGUAUAUUAUAAUUAUUAUUGAGAAUAUUUAUUUUGUUAUUUACACGCUUGUCUUUUCAAGUUUAUGUUAUGUCAAAGAAUUUAUUUAGUGUUUAAUAAAUAAAUUAAUACAUUUAUCCUGCCUACCUUUUUUAUUUGCUCUGUUCAUCAUUAAUCAUUACAUGUAUUACAUGUACACUCAUAGUAAAGCACACCAAAACACACACACACACACUGCUCUGUUCAUCAUUACAUCAUUACAUGUACACUCAUAGUAAAGCACACUAACACACCAACACACACACACUUCUCUGUUCAUCAUUACAUCAUUACAUGUACACUCAUAGUAAAGCACACUAACACACCAACACACACACACUUCUCUGUUCAUCAUUACAUCAUUACAUGAACACUCACACUAACACACCAACACACACACAAUCUGCUCUGUUCAUCAUUAAUCAUUACAUGUAUUACAUGAACACUCAUACUAAAGCACACCCGCACACACACACUGCUCUGUUCAUCAUUACAUCAUUACAUGUACACUCAUAGUAAAGCACACCAACACACACACACACUGCUCUGUUCAUCAUUACAUCAUUACAUCAUUACAUGAACACUCAUAGUAAAGCACACUAACACACCAACACACACACUGCUCUGUUCAUCAUUACAUCAUUACAUGUACACUCAUAGUAAAGCACACUAACACACCAACACACACACUGCUCUGUUCAUCAUUACAUCAUUACAUGUACACUCAUAGUAAAGCACACCAACACACACUGCUCUGUUCAUCAUUACAUCAUUACAUGAACAUUCAUACUAAAGCACACCCGCACACACACACACACACUGCUCUGUUCAUCAUUACAUCAUUACAUGUACACUCACAGUAAAGCACACCAAGACACACACACACACACAGACAAGAGAAAGAAAGUGCCAGCAGUGGGCUGUAUGUUAUAGUAGUUUGUAGUCGUGUACAAGGUUGCCAGCUCGCAGCUCCCGCGUCUUGUCACGAUGGCUUCGCUGUUUUUGCUGUCUUCCAGCUCUACGGUUAGAAAUAAAGAAAACCUGCAAAGACGGCAUUUGACCUUCUUUGCAUAAAGCCACUUUUUAAAAAUCUUUUCUUCCAGUCAGGAAAAAAUAAUUCGCCAUCCGACAUGAAUUCCACCCCACUUCACCUCUGUCACGAUAAGGUGACGUUACCUGCAGUGACACCAAGAGUAGAUGGAAUGAUUAAUCUUUUCAAAUCCAGUAGUGUGAAUUAAUUAGUUAAUAGUUAGACACAGUGACGGCUGUAUGGAUGUGAAUGGUGCGGUGUCAGUGCGGUGGCGGAGACGUUUCUUGUCAAGGUACCCGGUUACGAGGCCAUCAUUAAAGCGGUCACGGGGUGGGCGUGCAAUACAAGUGUCAGUGUACGGGUAGCUUGAGACGAUGCCGCCCUCUCUAGCAGUCAUAUCCUCUCCUGAACUCUGAGCUUAGCGGCUAAAAUGUGCUCCACUUUUCUUAGUAACUAUACCCGGGUAAGGAUUCCACCCACGCGGAUGUUAUGCCUAGAGUGCUCAGCAAAUCACGGAACAGUUUGGAUCUUGUAUUUCUUCCUCUCCUUCUUUCGACAGCUUUUAGGUCUUCUAGAAUACUGAGGGAAAUCCUUCUGACAGACACUCGCCAGUUUGAAAUUUACGAACGAUAAACCUGUGUUUGUUCCUUGAAGUCUGACUAGUGUGCAUUUAGGAUGGUUGAUUAAAGUGGGCUCACUCAUGUCAAACGCCCGUUUCUUGCUUCUCGUGCUCAAAAACAAAAAAAAAUUGUAUUUUGUUUCCUUAAACGAUGUGAUCUCCAGCUUUCACGCAUUGCACUUCUGGUCCGAGUUUUGUCAGUGAUUAUGACAGCCUGGAUGCCCGCCACACCUCGACUGUCACACCAAUACUGGUCAUUCCGUCAAUUGUGUAACCAGAGGAGAGACUACUCUCAGUGAUGACCCCACCCUCAUUGACUUCUAGAGUCUUCGAUUCAGUGGCUAGAGAAAAACUCUGGACUGUAUUACAGAAAAAUGGCAUCCAUGGCCAAAUGCUUAGAGCCAUUAAAAGACAAGGCAAGACUAUUUACAGCCUCAGUCUUUGUACGCUGCUUUCAUUUUAUACUUAGAUAGGUAUUUCUUUUUUGCGAGUAUAAAAUGUAGAUGUUUGCAUGUGAUGUCAUAGGAGCGAACCUACUGAAUGAAGUCAAGUCUGAAAGACCCCAGUCUCCAUCUUCCUCAGAGCGAUGCAAGUUGGGUAUGACUUUUAGGGGCUUUCUGCUUGAACCCCGGGUUCACUUGUUUUCCGAAAUACAUAGAAAUGAGUAGUGAACCUUGGUUCAAGUUCCUGUAUGAAGGUAUGAUGAACUUUGCCCAACGUACGUUUCCGAACGAUUAACUUAUGACUUGUGGUGCUCGUCCUUUUAAAUGGUAAACAUUAAAAUAAAGGAUGAUGCAGUCGAUGCAGUGGAAAU